CGGUCCUGGAGCAGUUAUAACCUCCUCCCAGAUGAUGGAGCUUAGCCUGAUGUGCAACAGAUCCACCUUCAAGAGCUGGCAAGCCUCUUCAAGCGCUGGAACGUCCAGGACAAGUUCGGCAUGCACCUCAUCCAUGGACACUCCCAGCUUGAAGAAGGAAGCGUCAUGCUCGGAACUGCCAUCGCAUCUGUUCGAGGGUGCUGGUCUAAGCCUACGAGCAUAUCAGAUAUCAACCCGUUAGAUACCCACGGCCAUGUCUUCAGGCUGACCGGCAAUGGAGAGAUGCAGGCCUACGAAUACCGCGAAGGGCCAAUCGCCAAUCUGGAUGGAGUCGAUCCCGCCUUCUUCAAGGAGCUGGCUCAGUACCUUCAGGUUAAUGACCUGGGGAAUCUCCUAGGGUUGCAGGUACUUGUUCAAGACGCUCCAGAGAUGAUGUGCGAAUUCGUACUCCAGAAUCACGGCACCGUCAUGUUCGAUGCGAGGGAUGUUAAGGCGUGGGUGCCUUUCCGCACUACAGGGUUCGCUCUCAACAGCAACCUGAGUAUGACUGAGCUGCAGGGCGGUGAAAGCCAUGCUAAGACUACUAAGGGAACUCACAGGGUGUUUGUUAGCGGUAAGAUCGGAGAGGAGGAUUCCCUCAUGGAUGCUCUCCGGGCUGAGGAUAUUAUCUAUUGAGUAAUUCUUGCCGCAGGUGAGCGGAUCUGGGAGACCUGGUAUGCAUCAUCACGGACACAACGCUACCUCGAAUGCAGUAGCUGCUGCCCACAUAUCAAC